CUGCGCCCGCGCCGGGACUGGAAAAAAAUUGAUGGAGCCAGCGGUGGAAUCGCGGACCGCGGGGGUACAGGCCUCCAAGCAGGCCAAAGAAGGGUCGAAGAACCGCAGUCGCAGGCGGUGGCGGAAAGGCAAGGUCAAAGCCUCGGCAUUCUCACACAGCAUGGAUCUGCGCACGAUGACACAGUCGCUGGUGACGCUCGCGGAAGACAACAUGGCUUUCUUCUCAAGCCAGGGCCCUGGAGAGACAGCUCGGCGGCUGUCCAGUGUCUUUGCAGGUAUUCGAGAACAGGCGCUGGGGCUGGAGCCAACCCUAGGCCACCUGCUGGGUGUGGCACACCAUUUUGACCUGGACACAGAGACACCAGCCAAUGGAUACCGUAGCUUGGUGCACACGGCACGUUGCUGCCUAGCACACUUACUACACAAAUCCCGCUACGUGGCCUCCAACCGCCGAAGUAUCUUUUUCCGUGCCAGCCAUAACCUAGCAGAAUUGGAGGCCUACCUGGCUGCUCUCACCCAGCUCCGUGCCCUGGCCUAUUAUGCCCAGCGCCUGCUGGCUAUCAACCGACCAGGGGUGCUCUUCUUUGAGGGUGAUGAAGGACUCACCGCUGACUUCCUGCAAGAGUAUGUCACGCUGCAUAAAGGCUGCUUCUACGGCCGCUGCCUGGGCUUCCAGUUCACGCCUGCCAUCCGGCCGUUCCUGCAGACUCUCUCCAUCGGGCUGGUGUCCUUCGGGGAACACUACAAACGCAAUGAGACAGGCCUCAGUGUGGCAGCCAGUUCCCUCUUCACUGGUGGCCGAUUCGCCAUAGACCCAGAGUUGCGUGGGGCUGAGUUUGAACGCAUCAUCCAGAACCUGGACGUGCACUUCUGGAAAGCCUUCUGGAACAUCACUGAGAUCGAGGUGUUGUCGUCCCUGGCUAACAUGGCAUCAACCACUGUGAGGGUAAGCCGCCUGCUCAGCCUGCCACCCGAGGCCUUUGAGAUGCCACUGACCUCUGACCCCAAGCUCACAGUUACCAUUUCACCUCCCUUGGCCCACACAGGCCCAGGGCCUGUGCUAGCCAGGCUCAUCUCCUAUGACCUGCGGGAAGGACAGGACAGCAAGAUGCUCAACAGCCUGGUGAAAUCUGAGGGCCCACGCCUGGAGCUGCGCCCACGGCCCCAGCAAGCACCCCGCUCACGGGCCCUAGUAGUCCACAUCCAUGGUGGUGGCUUUGUGGCACAGACCUCCAAAUCCCAUGAGCCCUACCUCAAGACCUGGGCUCAGGAGCUGGGGGUUCCCAUCUUCUCCAUUGACUACUCCCUGGCCCCCGAGGCCCCCUUCCCCCGAGCGCUGGAGGAGUGCUUUUUCGCCUACUGCUGGGCUGUCAAGCACUGUGCCCUGCUCGGUUCAACGGGAGAAAGGAUAUGCCUUGCAGGGGACAGCGCAGGUGGGAACCUCUGCAUCACUGUGUCCCUUCGGGCAGCAGCCUAUGGGGUGAGGGUGCCAGAUGGCAUCAUGGCAGCCUACCCAGUCACCACCCUGCAGCCCUCUGCCUCCCCCUCUCGUCUUCUGAGCCUCAUAGACCCACUGCUGCCACUGAGCGUCCUCUCCAAGUGUGUCAGUGCCUACUCAGGUACAGAGACAGAGGACCACUCUGACUCAGACCAGAAGGCCCUGGGUGUGAUGGGGCUGGUGCAGAGGGACACAUCCCUAUUCCUCAGAGACCUCCGCCUGGGUGCCUCCUCGUGGCUCAACUCCUUCCUGGAGCUAAGCGGACGCAAGACCCAAAAGUCCUCACUGCCCACAGCAGAGGCCCUGCGCCCCACAGAGGCGAUGCGCAGGAGUGUGUCUGAGGCAGCCCUGGCCCAGCCUGAGAGCUUGCUAGGCACAGAUACCCUGAAGACUCUGACGAUAAAGGACUUGAGCCUUAAGGACAAUUCAGAGACGUCAGACACCCCGGAGAUGUCGGUGUCAAUGGAGACUCUUGGCCCCUCCACGCCCUCCGAUGUCAACUUUUUUCUGCGUCCUGAGAGUUCCCAAGAUGAGGCUGAAAUCAGAGACGAUGUGGGCUCCAUGGACAGCGGCCCCCGCGUGCGCGCUGCCUUCCCUGCCGGUUUCCACCCUAGACGCUCAAGCCAGGGUAUCCUCCACAUGCCCCUCUACUCGGCACCCAUCGUCAAGAACCCCUUCAUGUCCCCUCUGCUGGCCCCUGACAGCAUGCUGAAGACCCUGCCGCCUAUGCACCUCGUGGCAUGCGCUCUGGACCCCAUGCUGGACGACUCGGUCAUGUUCGCGAGGAGACUGCGCGAGCUGGGCCAGCCCGUGACGCUGAAUGUGGUGGAGGACCUGCCGCAUGGCUUCCUGAGCCUGGCGGCGCUGAGCCGCGAGACCCGGCAGGCCGCGGAGUUGUGUGUGCAGCGCAUCCGGCUCGUCCUCACCCCUCCUGCCGCACCGCUGAACUGAUCCAGAGCUGGGGACGGCGGGGGGCGGCACUAAAAGACCUCUUGCUCCCAUCCGCGCAGGCCUCCGUGAUGAGUGCGCUCUAGGCCCCUCCGGCCCUCCAGGUUGGGCUGGGCGGGAGGGGGCGGGCUGUGCCUUAAUUUGGGACCGUAAGUGGGGCUGGGCAGGGGUCGAAAGCUGAGCUUGGGGGAGGGGGACGCGCACACACCUGUCAUCGAGAGAGCUGGACAUUCACUUCACCACUGCCUUCUACUGCUGCUGUGACCGGCCACGGCUAGUCGAUUUUGUCUUUUGUAAAUAAAAAUUAUUUAAUUA